AUGGCAUUUUUUGAUUCACUUAAAGACAAAGCUCUCAAUACUUUGAAUCAGGUACUAUCUGCUAACAACAAAAACCACAUGGUGUUGACCAAAGAUCAAUUGUUUUGUCAACAAUACAAUUUACCCGAUAAAGAAGUCGUUAUUUAUGAAUCAGCAGCCGAAAUUAACAUCACUUCAGCAUAUUCUCAUGAUAGUUAUAAAAAUAACAAUGAACCAUUUCCACAGGGAAGACUAUAUUUGACACCACAUUUUUUAAUUUUUAAAGAUGCUUAUGAUAGGAAGAAUUGCUCAUUUACUAUACAUUUGUCCACAAUUAAAAAAGUCGAAAGAUUGGUAUCAACCGAUUAUGGGUUUGCACUAAGCAUUACUACAUAUAGUAAAUUGACAAUAACAUUGUAUUUGGUAGGUAUUAGAUCUGAAAGUGAAAGAUUUGCUCAAAAUUUGACUAUUAGUUUGAAAAAGAAUUUAUCCAAUGUUGGGAAAUUACAACCAUUUAUUCAAACUUGCUACUCGGAAUAUUUGUUAUCUAAGAACAAAGUGUCAAGUGAAAAAGUGGAACAUAUGCCAGCAGGUGGAUUAGGAUUGGUCUUUAAAUUCCCUGGUAACCCUAAAGAAUCUAAAGAUAAAACAAAAUUGAAAAUGUGGUUUGAUUUAUUUCAAACUGAUGGACGAAACUUGUCUUUGGUUAAAAAACCUUUGUUUUAUAAACUUAUUCGAGUAGGAUUACCAAAUAGAUUAAGAGGAGAAAUAUGGGAAUUGACUUGUGGGUCGAUGUACUUACGAAUGGAGCAUCAAGGAGAAUAUAUUCAGUUAUUAGAAGAAAAUAAAGACAAGAAAUCGUUUGCCAUUGAAGAGAUCGAAAAAGAUUUGAAUAGAUCCUUACCAGAAUAUGCUGCGUAUCAAUCACCAGAGGGUAUUGAGAGGUUAAGAAGAGUCUUAACGGCCUAUUCUUGGAAAAACCCUGAUGUCGGGUAUUGUCAAGCCAUGAAUAUAGUUGUGGCCGCAUUACUUAUAUAUAUGUCUGAAGAACAAGCAUUUUGGGCAUUGAAUGUAUUGUGUGACAGGAUUGUGCCUGGGUAUUAUUCGAAAACCAUGUAUGGGACUUUAUUAGAUCAAAAAGUGUUUGAAUCAUUGGUUCAGAAUACCAUGCCCAUGCUUUGGGAACACAUCACUAAAAAUGAUAUCCAAUUGUCGGUUGUUUCCUUACCAUGGUUUUUAUCAUUAUACUUAUCUUCAAUGCCAUUGGUUUUUGCAUUCAGAAUUCUUGAUAUAUUUUUCAUGCAAGGUCCGAAAACGUUAUUUCAGGUUGCAUUGGCCAUUUUAAAACAAAAUGGAGAAGAGCUUUUGCAAACUGAAGAUGAUGGUACAUUCAUAUCUAUAAUUAAAGAUUAUUUCCAUACUUUAGACCAGUCGGCUCAUCCUAAUUCCCCCAACCACAAAUAUAGAACUGUGACUAAAUUUCAAGAGCUCUUGGUUACUGCAUUUAAAGAGUUUUCCACAGUUAACGAGGAUAUGAUCAAUACUCAUCGUAAUAAACAUCGGGAUUCUAUUUAUCAAAACAUUUCAACAUUUGUCAAAAGAACGGAAAUUAGAAACUUGCCACGAACCAGCAAUAUUCCACCAGAUACUUUAGAUAUAUUGUAUGACAGGUUUUAUUCCCAAGUAGAAGUUUCCAAUAUAACGAAAGGAUCUGGAUCCAGCUUUAUGGAUUUUAAAGCGUUUUUGAAAUUUAUGUCCGAAAUCUGUGAUUGGGUACAAUUUGUUGAUGCCAAAGACGAGACUAAUGAAAGGCAUUUUUUGCGUCGUUUAUUUAAUAAUUGGGAUAGCGAGAAACAAGGUGUCUUGACUUUUUCAGAUUUAGUUGUUGGAUUAAAUUCGUUAGUAGACGCUGAUUUAAUGGCAUCCAUGUCAAAUUACUUUGAAUUGUACGACACCAACCAUAAUGGGAAAUUAAACAGUGAAGCGAUUCUACAAAUAUCCGAAGAUUUAUUGUACAUAACGAGUCCAUGGAAAGAAGGUUAUUUGUUGGAUGAAAUCACCAGAUUGGCUGUUGAAAAUGAAGUGGCAGAAGAAGUAUUCAAAAAUCAAGUUGCCAAUGGUGAUGGACUAACCAUUGAUUUGCCACAACAUGUUGAAGUCAAUCGUGAAAAAAUCGAACAGCAACAAAUUGAACGGUAUUUACGAGCUGCAAGCACAUUUAUUCAACGUGCAUUUGAGUAUGCUCAACCAGAGGAUCAAGAAUUGUUAAUUAAGGAUUUGGCAAUUGAUGAAAAACUUUCUCACAAUGCUGCAUUAAAUCCCAAUACCCCAGUAUAUUUGAAUCUACCAACAUUUAGAAUGGUUAUACUAGCUGAUGAAACUUAUGAAUUAUUAUUCAGUCAUACCUUAAGAGAGGCGACUCAUCUCAAUAGACCAUUAGACUCAAGUUUCAAUCCAAUGCGUAAUUUGCGUGAUAUGUUUGAUGGAUUGUUAGCCGAUGGAAGGAAAGUUGCUAAUAAAGUUAGAUUACGUAUGGAUUCACGCGCUUCAAAUCCUGGCGGUUCAAGUAGUGCCCUGGUUAAAUCAAAUAAGAGUACAAGUAAAACAGGUCCUUCUGAUGAAGAUGAUGAACGUGAUGAUGAUUUUGGUAUGAUUUCAAUUGAUGAACAAGAUAAAGACUUGUUACUUGGUGCUGAAGCACAAUCACUUGUUGAUCCAAUUAAGAAUGAAAGUGCAACUGCUAAUACUCUUGAAAAAUUUCAUAGAGCAGAACUGGAAGCUAGAAACCAUAUACACAAGGAUGGAGUUAAUGGUAACCAUACUGAGAAUUUGAUCGAGUUUGAGCAAUAA